UGAUGAACGAAAGCGACCAAAUUGCAAGGAAUUAAUUUUAAGUGAACAAAAUAAAAAGACCCCCCUAACGUUAAGUUACCAACUAGCUAGAAUAAAGAAACAUUGUUUUCUUGCUUAGUGGUUAAGGCGUUAAGCUGAUCCGGUGGUCAGCCCUUUCUCUCCUAACAGAGAAGCGGUAGUCAACACGGCGUCGCUUUUACUCCCACGUUAAAAUCCCGUCAAUUUUUACUUCUAAAGAAAGAAGAGAAGAUAAGAAGGAAAUAGGAUCCUGUGGCUGUGGCUGUGGCUGUGGCGUUUAUUUGUGUUGGAACUUCCAAUUUCAAUUUCAAUUUCAUUUUCAUUUUCAAGUUUUAUAUUUUACGGCGACAAAAUUAGAAAGGAGUCCACCAUGUGGGUGGAGAUCAUCUGUGGACUUGUCUUUUACCGCUUGUUCCGCCGCUUCUUCUACGGCUCCGACGACGUUUUGGAGUUCGAAACCUCUGAUUUUAAUGCUAUUUUCUCCGUCGCCAAUAGACUUGAAAAGCUUCAUGGUGGAAAGGUGUAUGUGGGGCUUCACAUUCCGGAUGUCAACACUGGCUCUCGACAGAAUAUCGAUAUUGUUCUUGUUACUAAAAGAGAAGCAACAGUUAUUUCUGUCCAGAAUCUAGCAGGGUUCAUUUCUAUAAAUGAGGAUGGUAGCUGGACCUGUGAAGGUGGCAGUAGCCAAAGUGCAGUGUGUAAUCCUGAUCCCGUUUCAGAGGCUAAAAACCAAGCUUCAGUCCUCGAAUCAUAUAUUGAACAAAGGGGAGUUGCUAUACCUGAAGGAUAUUUUUCAUACAAAGUUGUAAUUCCUAAUCCAAAAUUCCGUACCUUUUAUAACAAUUUUCCAUCCGAGGUUAUCACUUAUGAUCAAUGGGUGCAACUAAAACCAGAACCAAGAAGUAUGUUAUCUGGAUGGAUUAAAAGUGCCUUUUGUGGUGGGAAGAAGGAGAUGCAGGAAUCUUUUCAUCAGCAACUUAACUUUAUUCUCAGCACAGCUCCCAUGUGGGACAGGCUGGAGGUUAAAGAUAACAAAUAUGUGCUUGGAGAAUUUCUGGAAUUUAAAGGGAAGCAAGAGGACAUCCUAGCUUUGAGAAAUAUCAAGAGAUCAAAAGUUAGUCGCCUUGUCAUCCAAAAGAUUAGCAUGUUUGGAUUAGCCCAUUCAAAGCUUCAGGUUUUGUACUCUCCUCGAGAUUAUCGAAGUGGAGGAGCUUCGGCUUUCGAGUGGAAAGAAGUAAUUGUAAGAUCAAGUACAGAGGUCAUAUUCCAGCCUCAAAAUUCUACCAAAGUCUGCAAAUUCAAGCUUUCUUCGAUCAUGUCUAUGUCUCUAAGUGCCUAAGGAUACAUAAAUGAAUCAAAUUUUUGUGUGGGGAUUCAUUCAAGUCCUGAAAGUGAAUGUGAAUAUUAAAUAAAGAGCUAGUUGUACAUUUCUGCUAUAUCGAAUAUUUGAUGGCCGACUCCCUUUGUUUAGAGAUAGAA